AUGGCAAACUCAUCUGCAGUAACAGUUAUUCUUCUGUCUGCCUACUACGGAAUGGACGACCUAAAGCCUGUAUACUUCUCAGUUUUUCUCAUUUUAUACAUUACCAUUAUUAUGGAGAGCUUGGCAUUGAUGGGGGUGAUCUGCGUCAAAAAAACAUUGCAUGAGCCAAUGUAUUUCUUGGUGGGGAACUUGGCAGCAAAUGGUCUAUAUGGGAGCACUGCGCUAUUACCGGCACUGCUGAGUAAUAUAUUUUCACAUUCCCAUGAGCUAUCGCUACCAUGCUGUCAAGCACAGAUCUAUACUAUACAUACAUAUGCCAUUGUGGAAUUUACCAUUCUUGCAGCGAUGAGUUACGAUAGAUAUGUUGCCAUUUGUUAUCCGCUGCAGUACCAAGCUGUCAUGCCACUGAGCAGGGUGUACAGACUCAUUAUUUUUACCUGGCUUUACCCCUUAGUGGCAUUUCUUAUUGUUUUUAUUCUAACUCUCAACUUGCAGUUUUGUGAGAAAACUUUAGAUAAGUUAUACUGUGUCAAUUACUCUCUAGUAAAACUCUCCUGCAGUGAUACAUCCAUGGUUAACAUAGUGGGCUUAUUAUCUGUAGUUGUAUAUGCCUGUCCUCAGCUCAUCAUGGUCCUUUACUCGUACAUACAAAUCCUGAGGAUAUGUGCAUUGUCUUCCAAAGAAUCGAGGCUCAAAGCUCUUCGCACGUGCACCCCGCACCUGCUGGCAGUUAUCAACUACUCCAUCGGCUGCUUUUUUGAGAUAGCACAGAGCAGGUUCAACUUGAGUCAUUUGCCUUAUAAAACAAAGGUGUUUUUGUCUCUGUACUUUCUAAUAUUUCCUCCCAUUCUUAAUCCAGCUAUCUAUGGUUUGAGCAUUCAAGCCAUACGAGUGCCGCUGUUGAACCUUUUCCAACACAAGAAUAAAGUAGCACCGGCGCAGCAGCCAGGGGUGAAGUGGGCAUGA